AUGCACUUCUAUUCUUAUCUUUCUGCUGUAGGCAUUGCGAUCAUUACCAUCGCAUCUGCCCAAGAUAAAGUCGAAGAUCUAACCAAUGGAAAUGUCACUUAUGGCGCUUAUAACCCUAUUGCAGUUGAUGCACCAUAUGCCAAUGCAACUACCAAGCGGUCCGUUAAGCUAGUCGCUCGCGGUACAUCCGUCCAACGCAACGUUUUGAAGCGUGCCACUCUCGAUGGAAUUUGCCAGAACUUGCCUUCGAAGUGGAGCCACAGAGGAUGCUACGCCGAUACUGUAUCCACUCGAGUGCUCAGCGGUGAUAGCACUUCCGGGGACGACAUGUCACAGGAAAAAUGUAUUGAAUUCUGUGAUGGAAAGGGUUACAGCUUUGCCGGCGUCGAAUGGGGAAGGGAAUGCUUCUGUGGAUAUGCUCUUCCCAAGUCUGCGCUCAAGGCACUAGAGGGAGAUUGCAGCAAGCCGUGUACUGGCAACAGGGACGAAGUCUGCGGUGAUGGCGGGCGUAUUAACAUCUUCUGGAAUGGUGAUGCGGCUCCUGAAAUACUGGCUCAAUCAGGAGACUUCAACUCGAUUGGAUGUUAUUCUGAUACCCCUUCGGCUCGUGCCCUGACAACUGGUAUCAGUCUUUCUGGCGGUGUAAGAGUCAGUGACUGCACAACAGCUUGUGCCGCCCAAGGUUACCAGUUUGCUGGUGUCGAAUUCGGGAGGGAGUGCUUCUGUGGCGCCAGCAUCCAGAAUGGUGCCAAGCCAAUCUCUGCUGAGUCCUGCAACAUGGCCUGUACCGCCGAUAAGACUCAAUACUGUGGCGGUGCGGCGGCUAUCAACAUCUACCAGAACUCCAAAAUCCAAAAGGGUGGUCCUAGUAAAAUUCCGGAUCUCUGGACGUCGAAGAAUUGCUACACCGACAGUCCUUCAAAGCGCAUCUUGUCGUACAAGGUGCCCAGCUUCGAUAAGUUCAGCGCCGCUAGUUGCAUUUCCAAGUGUGCCGGACUUAACUAUCUCUAUGCCGGCCUCGAAUACGGCUCCGAGUGCUUUUGCGGCAAUACCAUCGAUAAUGGCAACACUCCUGCCACCAGCGGUUGUGAUAUGCAACCGGGCCGAUACGUGCGGUGGUGCUGGACGCAUAACCUCUACGUGGCUCCAUGCCAGGGCGUGCCCGGCUGCCACAUCAACGUCGGCCUUUACAAGAUUCUUAAGGUCAAGACCCCAGAACAGUGCUCGGAUGCCUGUCACGCAGAUUCCCGAUGCCAGGCUAUUCAAUUGGGACCGCUCCCGUUCGGGUACAAGUUCUGUAAUCUUUUCGACUACGCCAUCCCUAUUGUCAGGACAAAUGUCGGUAACGAUAUCUGCAACGCUUACAACUUCUUCGACUCGGCAUGUUCACUAUAG